GAAAAAAACAACAGAAAAAGACGAAGAAGAAGAAAAACUAGGAAGUGACAGAAGACUCUAUGCAAAAGAGAUACAAACGAAAACCAGUGUGUCUCAAAGACAAGCCUCUACUCUGGACGAGCACACAUUCUGUACUGUUUUUCUGAGACGCAGUUAAGCUUCUAAUUUCUCCUUCUGAUUGAACAAUGUCGUUGUCUAAAAAAGAGGGACACAGAACAUUGACCAGUUCACUGGUCCUCGGUGCCUUCAUGCUGUUCGUUAGCUUCGUUAGCCGAGGGGAAUGCCAAACAACUCCACCGCCGACGCCCUGCUCUUCUUACAAGAGUUGUGACCAGUGUGCUCCAAACACAAAGUGUCUGUGGUGCUUUACCACCAACAACUGCACAGAUUACCCAGUGAGCUGGCUGCUGCCUCCGCCCUCAUUGUGCCCGCUGUCCCAGGCCCGUUGGGGAAUGUGUUGGCUGAACUUUGAAGGCCUGAUCAUCGCUCUGGCGGUCCUGGGUGGAACCGCCCUCGUCAGCAUCGUCGUCUGCUGCUGCUGCUGCUGCUGUUGCUGCAAGAAGCGCAGCGUGAGGCCUGACAGAGAUGAGGAGAGAUUAGUUCAGAGGAGGGAGGAGAACAAACAGCGGACUGAGGAACGGAACGUGGAGCGAAAGGCGAGGCACGAUCAGAUCCGCAAAAAGUAUGGUCUGAUGAGUGACUCGGACCACCCCUACAGCAAGUUUGAGAACGAGUAGAGCAGCUCUCCUGGAGCACUUCCAGCGGCCUUUGCUUGCAGCUUGUGACACGACUCUCUCUCUCACACACACACACAAAUCACCACCGCACUCUUCCUAAAUCAUAACUAACCUGAGAGGAAAAAACAAUGCUUCAUUCUGCUUGAGGAUGCAAUUACUUUUUAUUCCUGCAGAGUUCUUUUGUCUUCGGAAAUUCCCUCAUGAGUUUGCUCUUUUUAAAUAUUGUAGUUUCAUAUAAGUCCUUUCAGAUUGUAUAUAAAGUAUUGUAUUAUGAAACAGGAAAUAGUGAUUGUACUUCGGAAGAGAUAAACAAUAAACCAAUAAAUUCCUUCUUUUAAUGA